GAUUGUGAAAAAAAUCACUUCACGUGACAUGGUUUGUACUCGCGUUCACGCCACCAUUUUCGACGUUUCAACCAACUUCCACCUUCACAACCAUACAUCACUACCUCGCCCGCCAAUCACUAAAAAGUUAAACAUGUUUUUAUCAUUCAAUCUUUUCAUUAUACUCGCACACGUCAUACUGGCAGCUGUUGCCCGGCGGCCUGCGAACAGAUACCAAGAUCUCAGGGCCAAUACGAUACCUGCAGAUCAACAGCACAACGAGACGCUCGCGACGAGAACAAGCCUACAGAACAAGAAACCUCAUCGCUCUCGCAAAACAGGCGCGAAACAGGACGCCCGCCUCCGAAAACGAUCUCGCUUGACAUCCAAGUCUAGUACCCCAGCCCGACUUUCUCGACCUACAGGUCCUUCGUCUGUCUCGACUACUGUGCAUAUAACCAAUGUGACCGAUUUUGCACUUUUACUUCCUGCAAAGGAUGGAGAAUUUAUAUCGAAUGCUGAAAGUGACGCGACGGUGUAUUGUACCAAUGGAUCUAACUGCCAGAACACAUUUCCAGCAAACUUCAUAACUGGUGCUAUUAUCUCGGAGGCGAGCGAUGGGUCCUAUAUACAGAUUACCGGCUGCUUGGACUCCGGCAAGUUCCACUUUGCUCAAGAUGAUGCAGGAGGUCAGAUGGAUGUUCGAUUUCCCAAUGGUGCGAAGUGCGCCUUUGGAGGAUACGGCGCAAGCUUCAUUGAGCAGGUUGAGCCCUCUGCCAAUCGUUUCUGCCUUCGCUGUUGUGCAUCCGCGAAUGAUCAGGUCAACUGCAAUUCACAUAAUGACAAAGCCGGGUGUCCUGUUGCUGUUCCUGGCACAUAUGACUUUGAUGGAGUGAGCUGCUCCUAACACGGCAGCGUCAUUAAUCUAUUUUCGACUAUUUCAUUCACACAUUUGUAGCCCAACUGAUACUUCUACCAACA